AUGGGCAUAUACAGCCCACGGGUUCUGAUUGGUCUAAAAGACCAUGAUGGUCCUCACCAUGGAGGACAAUUAUUGUCCGCACAUUAUUGGAGGACUAUGGUGGUCCUCACUAUGGAGGACAUUAUUGUCCGCGUAUUAUUGGAGGACCAUGAUGGUUCCUCACUAUGGAGGACAUUAUCGUCCGCGCAUUAUUGGAGGACCAUGAUGGUCCUCACUAAGGACAUUAUUGUCCGAGCAUUAUUGGAGGACCAUGAUGGUCCUCACUAUGGAGGACAUUAUUGUCCUCACAUUAUUGGAGGACCACACUAUGGAGGACAUCAUUGUCCUCACAUUAUUGGAGGAUCAUGA